AUGCGCAGCAUAUACUACGUUGUACUUGCCGCCGCGCUAUUCGCUCGUACCACCGUCGUCACAGCGUUCACGAAUGCGGAUGACUCGCAGCUCGUCUCGAAGAUGUCUCCCGAUUUCGCAUCCGAUGUUAAGAUCAGUGGCGACUUCCAGACGAGAUCCCUCCGAGUCACGGAUCCAGAAGAUGGUAACUUGAUGACCGAUAGCGAAGAGCGAACUAAGUAUGCAAGCCUCAAAGACGUCAUCAAGAGGUCGGCCGCUGCUGAUAUUCUAAAGAAUAUGCCGAGCGACUCGGUCAGAAAAAUGGUCAAGGCAGUUAAAUUUAAAAGCGAGCUAACGAAUAAGGAGGAAGAGGUUGUGAAAGCCCUCUUGGCCUUGGCUGCUAAAGCCUAA